AUGUCUGCAAAAGAAAGAUCAGGAAUAGGAAAAGCACUUCUAAAGCAUGCAAGGAGACACACUAUAAAUCCAGAGUCACUCUCUACCAAUAUCUAUAAGCUUGAUAUGGACCUGGGAUACUUAGAUAUUCAAAAUGUUGAACAGGCCAGGACUGCUACCAAAAGCAAACUAGAAGUGAAAUCUUUCCUCAAGGGUCUCUAUAGCAAACAUACUCAUGUAAAAAUUGACCCCCCUAAGAACAUUUUCAACGCAUCUGGAGCAAGAAGGAACACAACAGUGAUCACUCCUAACCAAAAAGAGAUGCUCAAGCUUUCUCUAAGUGAAGAGGUCAUCAAAGAACAAGAUAAUGAUCAUGAGUCCAAUGAGGUUGUUACUGCAAGAGAAGAGAACGAGAGAAUUGUUGAGGAAGAACAGAAUUUAUCCGUCAAUGAUAUCUCUCUAAACCAACAGAAAAAGGAAUCUGCAAAGAAAACUGGUAUGACAUUCGAUUCUAGAGAAAGGAAAACAAAGAAAGAUACUCUUACUAAAGUUGAAAGAGAAGAGGUUAAAAAUAUGCAUGAAAGGAGGAAGUCUAAAUAUAACCAGAGAAGAGCUAAACCGAGGGAGCAACAGCCUCUCUCUAUUAGUUAUACCAACGAAUAUAAUCCUCUCCAACCAGGUACUACAAAGAAGAAAGUGAAAUUGAAUCAUAUUCUUGCCAGAUUAACAAGGCAGACAGCAAGCUCAGGAAGGAAAGUAAACAGGGUUCAGAGUGGGGAUCCAUUUGAAAUUCCAAAACCUCAUCCCCAGAAUAUCACUUUCUAUAAGCCUUACAAUGAACCAAAGAUUGAGACAAAGGUAGAGCCAAAAAUUGUAACAAAGAUUGAAAGAAAGCAGAACACAAGGAAAUCCCAUUCUAAAUCCAUCAAAAAGGUUCCUUCUAAAGUAGGCACUAAGAUGGAAAAGAGCCAUGUAAAUCAUUUCAAAGAUAUGAGCAUACUGGUUAAAAUGCAGAGAAGAGUCCAUGACAUAAAUCUCAAGAAGGGAAAACUGUUCAAGAGAAUUGCCAGAGCUCCUUCAGAGGACAACAGACUUGCUGAGUCUAUAAUAAACAACCAAGCAGAUGUUAUCACUGACUACCACUCACAGCUAAAAGCUUAUAUUGAAAAGAAUGAUAGCUUACAGAAACAAGUAGAGUAUCUCAAAAAGGAAAGAGAUACAGUAAAAUCCCUGCAAAGGUCAUUUUUGGAGAACAGCUCAGGCAAGAAGGCUAAAAAGUCAGGAUCAAGAAGAAGAGUUACUCCUAAUACAAGUGCAUUGAAGAUACAAGAGAACUCAUUCGAUAAAGUUGUACUCUCUGACUAUAAGACACCUGGAAAGUUAAGCCAGACUAGUUAUUAUUAAGUUAUUUGAGUAUCAAUAUAUCU